AUGGCUUGGUACCAGACCGAGAUCGAAAUCCCCCGAUUUCCGGCGGACCAAAGUAUCUACUCGCUGCCCGUGCGUCCUCUUGAGCUGUGCAGACAUCGAAAGGAGCUUGAAGAUGGUCUGUACGAGAGGGGCCGCAAGUUUAUGAAGCUUGCAAAGGCCCGGGGCCCCAUUCCCUACCACGGAGAGUACAAUGGAACGGCCAUUGAGCCUUCCACGGGAGGCAAAGUAGAGUUCAAGGGCCGCUUCAUAAUGGAUGCGUCGGUUUGGGAGACUUGCUACCCCGAAGAACACCAGUUGCCACAGAGUGCGAAGAAAGUCUCCGAGAAAAAAGAACAUCUCAUCUUCACACUUCCCUAUCUCCCUGGCUACCUUCUAGAAACAAAUACCUCAGGCUGUACCUCGGGCUGGUUGUUCUUCUACGUCGACCUUGUCCGCCAAGCGCAGCCCGAUGCAGAGGCAUUGGAGUCGCCCACGUCUAUUCAGAGCUGUGCUUCAGUGUGGUUGUGGGGAGCUACAAUUUGGCGGGCUGAUAUAUAG